CUGUUUGGGUGUGCGGUGGACGGAAGCAGAAUAAAAGGCUUUAAAAUCUACCCACAUACCCUCUCUCUCGCCUUCUCUCUCAUCAUCCUCUCAUUACCCUAAUUAGGGUUCCGCCUCUCCCCCCCGCCACCUCUCCUCACAAACGAACCUAGGUUCGACGAUGAUGCAGCCGGCAACCACCAUGGUCCCCCCUCCAAUGGCCCCACCACCGCAGUACCAGCAACAGCCACCACAACAGCCAUCGCAGCAGUGGAUGCCGCAGCAGCCUCAGCAACCACAAUACCAGGUUCCUCCGCCGCAACAGCAGCCGGCCGCUGGAUAUUACUACCAGCAACCACAGGCUCCCGCGAACGCUGUUCCGCAGCAGUACGCCGCCCCGCCGACGGCUCAGGCUCAGCCGAUAGCCGAUGAUGGGAUCCGGAGUCUGUGGAUCGGAGAUCUGCAAUACUGGAUGGAUGAACAGUAUUUAUAUAACUGUUUUGCCGCCACCGGGGAGGUGGUCUCAGCCAAAGUCAUCCGUAACAAGCAAACUGGACAGUCAGAAGGUUAUGGCUUCAUUGAGUUUGCUAGUCAUGCUGCCGCAGAAAGGAACUUGCAGACAUAUAAUGGCUCGCUAAUGCCAAAUGUAGAGCAAACUUUCCGAUUGAACUGGGCAUCCAUGGGUGCUGGUGAAAAACGUGAUGAUGCUCCUGAAUACACAAUCUUUGUUGGAGAUUUAGCAGCUGAUGUUACUGAUUAUAUGCUUCAAGAAACCUUUAGGGCCAAUUAUCCUUCAGUCAAGGGUGCUAAGGUUGUCACAGAUAGGAUAACGGGGCGAACGAAGGGUUAUGGGUUUGUGAGGUUUGGUGAUGAAAGUGAACAAAUACGUGCCAUGACAGAGAUGAAUGGAAGGUUUUGUUCCACCAGGCCUAUGCGAAUUGGCCCGGCUGCAAACAAGCAGAAAGUUGGUGGUCAGACAAAAGCAUCGUACCAGACUUCACAAGGAACUCCGAGCGAGGAUGAUCCAACUAAUACAACUAUCUUUGUUGGGAAUUUGGACUCUAAUGUCACAGAUGAACAUCUAAGGCAGGUGUUUGGACAAUAUGGACAGUUACUUCAUGUAAAGAUACCUGUAGGCAAACGAUGUGGUUUUGUUCAAUUUACUGACAGAAGCUGUGCUGAGGAAGCUCUACGGAUAUUAAAUGGAACUCAGUUGGGAGGGCAAAGCAUUAGACUCUCAUGGGGCCGUAGCCCUUCAAACAAACAGCCUCAGGUUGACCCUAACCAGUGGGGUGGUGGAUAUUAUGGAUAUGCCCCUGGAUAUGAAACCUAUGGAUAUGCUCCAGCUGCACAGGAUCCGAAUUUGUACUAUGCCGGUUACCCUGGAUAUGGGAACUACCCACCACCAGCACAAACGCAGCAACAACAGAUGAUGCAACAGCCUCAGUGAUCUACAGGCCCAAAAUGGGGAUUGAUGGCUUCUGAAUGUAGCAGCAGGGAUUAUGGAGAUGAAGCUGCUAGUUGUCUAGUAUGAUUCUAGCAGUUACCGAGUCUGUAAGACAAUUGUUGGGAGAUAGUGUUUUUAAUUCGAUGAGUAGUUAUGUUGAACCGAAUUUGGCUCUGCCUGUUUUCUUUAAGUUUGUUAUGCGACGAGGGAAACUUGUCCUCUUCUUAGUUUUAUGGCUGUUUCGUACCCUCACUUGUAUCUGCUCUAAAUUUAAAGGAUGCAGGCACUUCUUGUAUCUGGUUUGUUUGAUGAUUUCUUCGAACAUUUUACUUUUUGAUUUGUGAUGUUUUGUUAAAACUACAGGUUGUUUUGUUU